UAUGCUGAAAUUUUACAUAUUGUCAUAUACUAGUGAUUACGAAGAUUAGUGACUAAAAAUUACCUUUUUUUUUUAAAUAUGUUUUACUAGUUUUUCUUGAUGAUGGAUUGAUUUGUAGAUAGGAUGAACAUGGAAUUAAAGUUUAAGAUGCCUGAAACAGCAACAAGCUCAUCGGUGGAGGACCGUCCUCUAUCUUUAUCACGACACGAUUUUGCCCUCUCAAACUCCGGUAGCAGCAAUCGUUCCUCUUCAGCCAGCCGUUUUGAAGGCCAACUCGGCUACCAGCAGGUACCCCUUCAAAGCACCAUGAGCCACCACAGGGAAAGCUCAGCCUUCGUACCAGUGGUACCGUCCAGAAAUAUGCACCAAAUGAUGUAUACCGGUGAAAUGCACCCCUUACUCGGUUCAGAACUUAUCCGCGAAUCUCGAGAAAGAUCAGAAAGCGGAAAAACUGGGGAAAGUGGUUCGGGAUCGGGGUUUGCGAGGAAACCUUCAUCUUCCGGGUUCGAUCUAAUGGCCAUCAUGGCGGAUAAACGUAAAGAGCUUCAGUUUCGCGAAGAAGCAGUGUGCGUUGCUGCCGCACACGCAGCUUUAAUGCUUCCUCACCGACCCAGACCGCCUGCCGGAUUAUUAGAGGCGUCUGGUACCGCUCAAGGUCAUUCCUACUCCGGAUUCUUGCCUACGUCUCCCGCGGGACCCGGUUCGUUUAGUUUCCCCGGUGGCGGACCGUUGUUUCCUCCGGGCCCGCCGCAAAUGCACGCGCAUCUGGACAGAAGGUUGUUGAGAGCUCCGGGACGAGCUUCAAGGCCGAAAAAACAGUUUAUUUGUAAAUAUUGUAACAGACAGUUCACCAAAAGCUACAAUUUGUUGAUUCACGAACGUACUCAUACCGACGAGAGGCCGUAUUCUUGUGACAUUUGUGGAAAAGCUUUCAGACGACAGGAUCAUUUGAGGGAUCACAGGUAUAUCCACAGUAAAGAAAAACCGUUCAAAUGCGGAGAAUGCGGCAAAGGAUUCUGUCAAUCAAGGACCCUGGCCGUCCACAAAAUCCUCCAUAUGGAAGAAUCCCCGCACAAGUGCCCUGUUUGCAGUCGUUCCUUUAAUCAACGAUCUAAUCUAAAAACCCAUCUUCUUACCCAUACCGAUCAUAAACCAUACGAAUGCAAUUCUUGUGGUAAAGUUUUUCGAAGAAAUUGUGAUCUGAGGCGCCACGCGUUGACACACGCUGUAGGCGACGUACCUCCUGAUGGUCUUGGUGAUGGAUACAUACCAGGUGGAGAAGAUGGAGAGAAAAUGUCUCCGAGACCUAGAAGCUUGUCUGUGGAUUCCAGAGACGACAGAGAAAUGAGAGGGUGUUCACCAGCUCCUGGUAUUACACAGUGCCAUGAACCGUGUUCCUCUUCAAGUCCGUACACUAUGAGACCACCGAUUGAUCGAAGUCUUGCGCACGAUGAUACAGACGAUGAGGAUUUAGAUGAGGAUCCAGAAAUAGAUCCCGGCCAAGAAGACUGUUCCGAAGUACUGAAAGACCCAGAACCUGAUCCGCAUCACAUCCCUCUGCCGCAACUUCAAAUAAGACGCGAUCUGCAUCACGCACCGACGCUGAAACCGAGCACGAUAACCAGCGAAGCACCAGAACCCAAUUUCUUACUAACAGCGUCGCGAAAACGACAUUUCGAUCAAGACAGACCCACCUUCAAUGCGAUGAGACCGCUGUCGCCACCUAUGAAUCUCAGAGCGUACCAUCCGGGUAUUAGAGGCAAUUCGGUGGUUCACAUGGGAUUAAAACCUCCCGAUACUGGUACUUCGAUUAUAUUUAGACCUGGGAUAACUGGGACGGUGAAAAUGGGGCAUCAGGAUUUGAGUCCUGGGGGUAGUAAUAGUAAUAAUGUGGCGAGUGAUUUGAGUAUGAAGAAGAUCGAACCGCCUCAACCGCCGCCUCCUCAGAACCCGCCUAGGAUGACUGGAUUUACUAUAGCUGAUAUUAUGGGAAGAUAGUACAAGUAAUUUGUAGUUUGUUUAUUUUUUUAAUAGUUAAAUUGUAUUUGUGAACUGUUGAUAUUGAUUGUUUUAAUUCGUACUAUAAUAGGAUUUUAAUCAGACUCUAACUUCAUAUUUCUUGGCAUAUAUUUAUAAUGAUUUUUUAUCAUACUGGAUUUUUAAACAAAUUUCUAGUGUUUAUUGUUAAGUCCUCAUUGAUAUAAAUUUUUUCCCCCAUAGCACGCAUUCUCUUGGAUCAAGAUUCUUGUUUUUCUUUCUGAGCUAAGUACUUUUACUUUGAUCUGAAUUCUCACAAAACGUUUCUUGUAACUACACAUCUAAAGAUUGUGAUGGUUUCAGUAAAAUUUACCAAAUAACCAAGAUUUUCUUUAUAUUUUUGUCCAUGCUUACUUUCACCACGUGUGAUUUUAAUUUGUCCAUUAAUACACUGAAAGAUUUAAAUCGCUCACCAAUCAGUAUUUUAAUUUUUUUAGUUAUCAUCAUCAUCAUCAUAGAAUACAUUGACAUGUUAAAUUUUCAUUUUGUCAGAAUGGUUGAACUUCUUAGAUGUCUAAUUUGGAUUGUGCGUAAUAUAAUGCUUAUCCAUAAAGCACAAAUAUGUCCGUUAGAUAUACAUUUUUGGAUGUCUGGACGGUUAAAAAUUAGGUUUUUCUGCACUUCUGAUAUCCAACUAUAUAUAUACUACUAUUUUUUAUUAAAUUAAAAUUUAAAAUAGCUUGACCUGAUCGGGAAUCGAACUCACGACACGUCAGUUAAAGUUAGGCAUCUUCAGCCGCUCUACGCCCUCAACCACGUAGAUAUUCAACAAUUUUUUACUAUGAUUCUUAUAGAUAAUAAGAUUUCAAAUUUCCACUGUUGGAAUAAAAUGCAAUAGAUUUAAUUUGUCAAUUUUUAAUUACGAAAUAUAUUUUGGAAAGAAAAUAAAAUGUGUAUGCAUCUAAAAUGGACGUCUAUUGAACUGUGAGUGCUGUGUGGCUCUGGGUGGUAUCAAAUUUGAUGUUCUUGUAUUCAAUCAUUAGGUAAACAUUCGAAGGUCUUAUACACCUACUUACGUACAUAUUGCUGUUUUGUGGUCUAUUAAAUUUAUAGGCCUAAAUGGUCCCUACUCAUCAAUUUUUGUUAUCCAGAAUUUUCAUCAUUAUCAAAGAAUUUGACAUGUUUAUUAUUCAUUCUUUGUAUAGAUGAAUUUUUCUCAAUUUCUCCUUUACCGAGUCGCAACUAUGCUUUCCUGAACCAUUUUGUUCUUGUUUAUGCGUUUUCGCCCAUCUGUCAUUUUCUGUAUUUCACAGUUAUCAAUUUUAUAUUUUUAAAUAUUAAAAACUAAAUAAAAUAAUAUGAAGCAACUAAAUAUUUCAUGAAACCAUAAAAAAUGCCAAUAUAAAACAAUAUUGAAACUAUUCUUGAGACAUUUGAAUGAUAGCUAGUUUCUCUAAACAUGAACACGUAAAAAAAAUUAUUUGCAUAUUAAAUUUUAUGAUAAGAAUGUAAUUUUAAUGAAUUUUAUGUAAAUAAGCACUUGUUAUGUAUAUUGUUAAUUUUUAUAAUGUAUAAAAUGUAAGCUUUAUUAGUUUUAAUUGUAAUAAGUAUCUAAGUUGAUUCGCGUACCUACUUUUUUAAAUAGAUGGAUUCAUUGGAACCUAAAACUUAAAAUAUUUUUAAUCUAUACUGUACUUCUAUAUAUCUGUGAUACAAAAAAAAGUUUUUCGUAUUUUAUUUGUAACAAUAUGUAUCAAAAAAUGAUAAUAAUUUGUUGUCAUGGAUAAAUCUCAGAUCAAAAUUUAUACACCUAAUUCACUUUUACUAUCAAAUAGCCUAGCGCAGGUUCUUUAAAAUAAUUUUCUAAUUUCUGUGCAGUUCCUCGGUAAUUUCUUAACAAUUCCCUACACACACAUUCCUGCGAAUUUCCACAAUUUCCUGUCAAUUCCUUUAAAUUUGUAAAUUACUGUAAAUUAGUAAAUUCCUUUAAACCUGCAAAUCCCUUUAAACCUAUUAAUUACUUUUAAUAAACUAUCUUUCAACUCGUAAAUUUCUUUAUAACUAUAAAUUACUUUAAUUUCCUGUCAAUUCCAAAAAUCACUGGCCAAUCCCUUCAUUCCUGGCGAGUUCCACAAUUCCUUUAAACCUGUAAAUCUCUUUAAACCCGUUAAUUCUUUUAAACCUGUCUUUAAAUCCGUAAAUUUCUUUAAAACUAUAAAUUACUUUAAUUCCCUGUCAAUUAUAAAAAUUAUUGGCCCAUCCCUCAAUUUCUGGCGAAUUCCACAUUUCCUUUAAACCUGUAAAUCUCUUUAAACCUGUUAAUUCCUUUAAACCUGUCUUUACACCCGUCUUUAAACCCAUAAAUUUCCUCAAACCUAUAAAUUCCUUUAAUAUCCAAUAUUACUGGCAAAACCCACAAUUCCUGGCGAUUUCCACAAUUCCUUUAAGCCUAUAAGUCCCUUUAAACCUGUUAAUUCCUUUAAACCUGUCUUUACAUCAAUCUUUAAACCCAUACAUUUCUUUAAACCUAUAAAUUCCUAUAAUAUCCAAUAUUACUGGCAACUCCCACAAUUCCUGGCGAAUUCCACAAUUCCUUUAAGUCUGUAAGUCCCUUUAAACCUGUUAAUUCCUUUAAACCUGUCUUUACAUCAGUCUGUAAACCCAAAAAUUUCUUUAAACCUAUAAAUUUCUAUAAUAUCCAAUAUUACUGGCAAAUCCCACAAUUCCUGGCGAAUUCCACAAUUCCUUUAAGCCUGUAAGUCACUUUAAACCUGUUAAUUCCUUUAAAGCUGUCUUUAUAUCAGUCUUUAAACCCAUAAAUUUUCUUAAACCUAUAAAUUCCUUUAAUAUCCAAUAUUACUGGCAAAUCCCACAAUUCCUGGCGAAUUCCACAAUUCCUUUAAGCCUAUAAGUCCCUUUAAACCUGUUAAUUCCUUUAAAGCUGUCUUUACAUCAAUCUUUAAACCCAUACAUUUCUUUAAACCUAUAAAUUCCUUUAAUAUCCAAUAUUACUGGCAAAUCCCACAAUUCCUGGCGAAUUCCACAAUUCCUUUAAGCCCGUAAGUCCCUUUAAACCUGUCUUUACAUCAGUCUUUAAACCCAUACAUUUCUUUAAACCUAUAAAUUCCUAUAUCCAAUAUUACUGGCAAAUCCCACAAUUCCUGGCGAAUUCCAUAAUUCCUUUAAGUCUGUAAGUCCCUUUAAACCUGUUAAUUUCUUUAAACCUGUCUUUACAUCAGUCUGUAAACCCAUAAAUUUCUUUAAACCUAUAAAUUCCACUAAUUUCCAACAUUACUGGUAAAUCCCACAAUUCCUGGUGAAUUUCACAAUUCUUUUAAGUCUGUAAAUCCCUUUAAACCUGUCUUUACACCCGUCUUUAAACCCAUAAAUUCAUUUAAUUCCCAAAAUUACUGGCAAUUCUUCGGCACGUUCCGUAAUUCUUCUCAAUUCCUUAAACCUGUAAAUUCUUCGUAAUUUCCCACCCCUGUACAUCUAAUUCUUUGUGCUUGUUGCUUUAAAAUGAUGUCUAACCACUAACCACUAUUUCUAUUAAAGUUUAACUGAUUUGUUGCAGUUUGUGUUGCAUAAGAACAGAAUAAAUUGUUGAACAUUGCAAACCUAAUUACCUUUUAAUAUCUCUGUAGUUCCUCCCUAAUUUUUGGCAAUUUCUGGUAAUUCCUUACCUUUGUACAUCUAAUUCCCUGUUCUGUUUGUUACCCUUUUGGUUCGUUGUUUUAAAAUUAUGUCUAGCGCAUGACUAUUAAAGGUCAACUAAUUUGUUGUAGUUUGUGUUGCCUAAGAACAUUAUAGUGAGGAUUCAAUAGUAACCUUUUCUGAAUAGUUUAAUUUAUUUGUUUUAAUUGAUUUAGUUUUUUAUGUAAAUUGUAAUGUAAGGUAAAACAUGCAACCUUUAUUUGUACUUUUUAAAAUAUAGACAUUAAUUUUUGAAUUGUUCUGCUAUACCUUUUCUCUGUUAGGUACUCAUAAAAUCCAAUGUUUAAUUUGUAGUAGGUACGUAUUUUGGAUGGUACAAUGUAUUAUUUUUAAUUAAUAUGUUACAAAUAUUCAUAUUUUUUGGUUGUACAAAUUAGGGACCGGUUACGCUCGCACUCUUGUCUUUUUUAGUAAAAAAAGUUGUAAAAUAAUUUCUGUAAUUAAGUGUGUCAGUAGGUACCUAAUGAUAUUUUUUUACAAUUAGUUUAUAAGGUGUUGUCAAUAAAUGUUGGUACAAAUAAAAAUAAACAAAUCAUUGUUAUUAUAAUAAUUUAUUUAAAUUAGUGUUAUUUUUGUGUAGUUCACAUUCUGAUGUGCAAAAUUCUAAAAAUUGUGUAUUCUUGUACGUACUUUUAAUGAGGACUAGUAUGUGAUCUCAUAAUAUUUUAUUGGCAAUUUAUAUAAUAUAUAUCUUUAUUUUUAAUUGUAACUUUAGAUGGAAUGUG